AUGUCUAAAAGAGAAGCAGAAAGGCAACUUACAAAGAACGACACUAUAUUUUCAGGGAAUUCUGAGCAGGAUAUAGUAGAUUACGCAAAACAAGCGCCUAAGGAAGUGCUUUUACAAAGAAAGAUUGCAGUGCCACAAUCACGAAAAAAACGAUGUGCAGAGCUGUCGUCAACAUAUUCAAACCCGUUUGCUAAUCUAUCGGAGUCAAAUAAAUCUCAAACGUUUGCUUUGCCGAUUCAGCCACCUACAUCUGCAUUUUCAUUUACACAGCCAUUAAAACAAGAAAAAAAGGAAGACACAUCUUUCAAACCAUUAAAUCAGCAUUUGAAUCCACCAUUAUUUAGCGAUGAGACGAAAAAUGACUAUGAUUUGUUUUUACGUCAAAGAUCUGUAAAUUACUUCUUUCAAAAAGCAAUUAAUACGUCUAUCAACAAUGAUCCAUUUGGAGAUCUUACUAAAAUUUGUCAUGAAUACAUUGGGUAUCGAGAGGAAAUUGAUAAAUCAAAUGAAUCAAAUAAUUGCAAAUAUCCUGAAAAUAAACAAUAUAUAUCUUCAGAAGAAUCAUCUAAAAAUGCCUCUUUGCAGCAAUCUUAUAAAUUUAUGUCAAAAGCAAAUAAUUCAAUUAAUACUUCAGUUUCAGCACACUCUAAGGAUACUUUUGAUCAUAAAAAUGAAAUGGCUAAAAAUAAUUCAUUCUCUUUUCUAAAAAAGCAUACGGAAGAAAAUGAUAAAAAUAUAGGAGAAAUAAAAAACGAUUCUCACUCAAAUAAAUCAUUAUUUCCUACUUUUAUACCGUCUACAAAAAAAGACAAUGAAAAUAUUCAAUCAGCAUUUGAAUCACAAACGAGUAAUGAUAAAAGCAUUCUUCAAACAAGUUUUUCUUUUGGAAAUACAAAUAACUUUACUGAAACUCCUAUUGAAAAGAAAAUGCAAAAUCAAUCAAAUAUUGAAGAUUCAUCAAAUCUUGAAACAAAAAAUUCAUCUACUUCAUUUAUUACAAACACACCUAGCUUUCCUCUUUUUUCUAAUAUUUCCGAGUCAAAAAAUUCUAUAACCAAUAAAAAUAUUGAAUCAAAUCCAAUAAAAUUUUCUUUUGUACCUGAAACAAACAAAACAGAACAAAAUCCUUUUUUAUUUGAGGCUAAUAAAUCGAAUACUGAAAUAAUUGAUAAACCAAAUAAUAAUGUAGAUAACAGUAAAAAUUUAUUUAGUAUUACUUCAACACCAAAAAUAGAAACAAAUAUUUCAAAUAAUACAAAUUCUACACCUAUUUUUAAUUUUGGAUCAACUACAAAAAAUACUAAUUCAUCUGAUUUUUCAUGGACACCAGAUAAAGGAAUCAAAUUUGCUGUAUCUCCAUCUAAAAGUGUAAAUAACACUAUGGAUAAGCCACCAAUUUUUCAAUUUAUAAAUCCUUUGUCAACUGGAAAUCUUAAUAAUGAAGAUAUAUCUCAAUGCAAAUCUAAUGAAACUGUUGGUUUUGAAUUUGGAAAUAAAACGAAUACUGGUUUUUCUUUUGGACAGUCAUCAGCCAUUAAUUCAGCAUUUAUGAAUUUUCAACAAAAGAGCAUCCCCGCAUCUGAAACUACGAAUGACGAUAUGUUUCCUCAAGAACCACGAACAAAUGAUCAUUUGAUCGCAAGCAAAGGAGAGGGAGAAGAAAAUGAAGAUGUUAUAUUUACUGCAAAAGCAAAAAUAUAUAAAUAUUUAGUGAAAGAAAAUAGAUUUUCAGACCUUGGGGUAGGUAUAUUAAAACUUAAUGUAGAUAAAGAUACAUUAAAGGCGCGGGUUUUAGCGCGGCUAGAGGGAAGUGGGAAAGUUAUUAUUAAUGUUGGUUUACAAAAGGAUUUUCAAUAUUUAACUACAGGCAAAAAAAGUGUUAAAAUUCCUGCUAUACCAAACGAAGGAACAGGUAUUGAUACAUAUUUAGUUCGUGUACGAGAUGAAGAGACAUCGAAAAAGCUUGCUGAUUUACUUGAAUCCAAGAAAUUAGCAAAACAAACAAAUUAA